AUGUCACUUCAACCACCCAGCAAAGCUUCGCCUGAUCCCGCAUUCAUGAACCACCUCAUUCAUGCCUUCUCGUCGCCAUCACGUCGUCUCAUAUACUAUGUCCAGCUGUAUAUGAGAUACUACAUACCCAUGCUCUUGGGAUUAUGGCUGCUGUCGUCUGUAAUGGCACAAGACAUUCCGACUGAAUGGCUUAACGAAACAAUCACCAACUGCAGCACUAUCACAGACAACUAUGUUGGCAACGCACAGCUGAGAUUCCAAUUCAAGGACUGGGUCAACCGUGGACGGUGCAUUCGUCAAGGAACAGACGGUGGCGGGCCAUAUAAAACUUACUUAUGCUACUCCCGUCUGCAAAGCGCCAUUGCAAAUAAUCUCAAUGAGAUUCGAAAGGCGGAAUACAACGGUGCGGCUGGCGUCCUUGCGCUUCUACCAACGAUCGGAGCUUUACUUGGUACCCCUACCAACGAGAUUUGGCGCCUCCUUACAAUGAUUCCUUUUGGAGGUUUUCUAGCAAUGGCAUGUUCUUUCGGGGGAGCCAUUCUCCCUGUUAAGAUCAAGGACUAUGAGAGCGCCUUCAUGAAGAAGAAUAUAAAGGGAGACUUGCGGGGCUCAUAUAGCAGCCUUGCACUACCGACGACUAUCGACAGUAACGACCAAAACAGGAUAAAAGAACGAGCGGACAUCUUAAUGAGAAGAGUUCAAAAGAAGUUGCAGAGCGGAGCACAAAAAAAAGUCCCAAAGAUGUACAUCCUGGUUGGCCUCACGGGCAUGUCAAUCCUUUUGCUUUCCGCUCAAGUCGCAAUGAUCGUCGUGGAGCUAGGAGCUAUACUUCCAUGGUGGUGUAUAUCGAAGUGGUGGGUUCAUCUUUGGUACAUGAUGGUCAUAUUAAGUGCCGCGAUAGACAACUACGUGCAGCUCCCUUUUGAGAAGCAAUGGAGACUGUGCCUCUCAGACGUACCUUAUGACCUUACCGUCCUCGGUGGGGAUGACAUUACCAACCACCUCGCCGGUCAAAAACACGAGACUGAAAACGUUAAGACGGCCCUCAAGCAACUGAAGUCAUUCAAGACAGGCACUGUAAAGUUUACAGGUCGCCAACAAAGUCGCGCGGACGCUAUAAACACACUGUUCGUUCAGGUAUCGGUCACAAGCCAUUCGCACAAUUGGCGAAGAACGUUCACCCGUUCGCUUAGCAAAAUCACCAGCAUCGCCGUUUUCAUUGUUGGCACUGCUUGCUUUGCAUCAGCUCAACUACUAUCCAUUGCAAUAGCCACCUUCAUCUUAACAUGUGUCCUUGGAGCAGGUGUUUUCAGUCGGGCCAUCACAUCAUGGAUUGUUGCCGGUAUCGAGACAGCGGAUCCAAUGUUACACUUUGUGGCUGAUGAAGAUGAAGAAGCUUACUACGUCUUGGCUAGGCUUUUCAUGAUCAACCUAGAUGAUACAGCUAAGCCGACAAGGCGUAAAGUCCAAGUUGAACUGGGUGGCAACAUAUUCGUUGACCGACGACGAAUCACGACCCGCUCUCCAUGGCCAGCACGAUUCCUGGGAAUUCUAACGUCUCCGUAUGACGUCGCUAGAGCUGUAUACAAGACGAAAGAAGACGACGGUGUGUACGAUCUGCAUAAUCUGGAAUCUGGACUAGAUCGUCCCAACUCGUCCCAACAGCCUUUACUCAGACCAGCAUUGACGUCGAAGUCAACGUUCAAAACAGAUAUCAGUGAGACAGUAUCCAUGAACAGGCAGGCCCUUUCUCGACAGUCAACAUUCCAGAGCUUAGGCCGCAUUUCAAGUGAUUAG